AUGGUUUCUACUUCCAAGCAAUACUAUGCAGCAUUUGUUGCCAACAUCGCCACAAUCUGCUACGGCACCACAAUAGGCUGGUCAAGUCCAGCCCUGUCAGCCCUUUCGACAUCGAACCCUUCACCAGGAAAAGACAUACUCUUCCAAUUGACCGACGAAGAGGCCUCCUGGAUAGGCGGUUUGAUUUGCAUAGGAGCCCUUUUUGGAGGCCCUUUGUACGCCUGGUUGGCAGGAGUCAGGGGCAGAAAAUUUGCAGGAUGUUGUCUUGUUUUACCAUAUGCGAUCAGUUGGUUUUGCAUAAUUUUUGCAAAGUCUGCAUGGUGGAUGUUUGCAGGACGUACUUUUGCAGGAAUUGCUGGCGGAGGUAUUAUUGUUUUGGUGCCUAUGUAUGUUUCGGAGAUCGCUGAUGAUAACAUUCGUGGUGCCCUAGGUUCCUGGUUGGUUCUACUCAUAAACGUCGGUCUCCUAAUAGGGUACCUUUUAGGUGCCUGUGUCACAUACUUUUGGCUCAACAUUAUAUUGUCUUUGGGGCCGAUUUUGUUCCUGAUACUCUUCCUGGUGGUUCCUGAAACUCCAGUCUGGCUGGUCAGAUCUGGACGUGUUGAAGAAGCCAGAAGAGCUAUUUGUUGGUUGAAGGGGUUGGAACCGGAAAAAUGCGAAAAUGAACUUAUCAUCCGACAAGAAUUGGACAAACUCAAACCUAAAUUUGAGGAGCAAGAAAAAACAGCAUCUUUCAAAGAAUUAGUGACUUCAAAAUGUUCCCGCCGCGGCCUAACAAUCGGCCUAAUCCUAAUAUUCUUUCAACAAUCCAGCGGCCUUUUCGCAGUCCUCAGCUACGCAUCCUUAAUUUUAGAACAAGCAGGAAUUACUAAUCUAACCCCAAAUCAGGCCGCAGUUAUUUUAGGAGCCAUACAAGUCUUCGGCGGCCUCUUGUCUUCCGUGCUUGUUGAACGAGCUGGACGAAAAGUUUUGAUUUGCGUGUCGAGUUCCUUUGUUGGGAUCUGUCUGGCAGCUUUGGGAACCCAUGCUGGAUUGAGGGAAAAGGGUUAUGACGUCACGGGUUGGUCCUGGGUUCCUGUGACGUCACUGUGUGGUGCUGUACUGUUUGCAGGAUUCGGGAUUGGGAACUUGCCGUUUGUUGUGAUUAGCGAGAUUUUUGAAAAUAAGUUCUACAACUCUAUAGUGUCUCUAUUAUCAAUGCCAGGGACUUUUAUGUUGUUCGCCGGUUUGAUGACAGGGGCCACAAUAUUUGUGGCCUUUUGCAUACCCGAAACCAAGGGCCAACCUUUGGAAGUGAUUUUGGCCAAAUUGGGAGCCGAUAAAAAGGAGACGAAGGAAGAUAAAAUUAAAAAUAUAUCUAUAAUACAGGAAAAGUAUCAAGAAACAUGA